UGAUUCUAAUAGCAAAAGUCUUGGCCUUUUCCCAAAGUCAGAGUGCUGAGGCUGGUCAGGAAGCUGAGAGACCAGCACCGUGGCUUUGUGGUGGGCUUCUCUUCAGUUAGCACUUCAUAAUGCCUUAAAAAGUAUGAAGCAGAGCAGCCUCAAUUUCCAGAUGGUCCUGAAUCAAAACAAGAAUAUGUGUCUUUGGAAGCAGGAAUAGCGCAGCCAUUAUGUAUGGGACAAUUUUAUUCAGCCCCUGCAGCUGAUACUUCUGUCCAACAGUUGCUUUCCGCACCCGAGGCAGAUCCCUUUCCAGAACAACCUGAUCCAAAAACGUGUCCUCCUCGAGAAUACUUAGAGUAUUAUAUAUUUCCAGUACUCUUGCCCGGAAUGGAGGAACUCUUGCAUCGAGCACAGGAGGAAAAGUGUUUCGAGAGAAUAAGGACCAAAUUUAUUGCCUGUGAUUUCCUCACCGAGUGGUUAUACAACAACAACCCAAAGAGGAAAGAUGAGUCAUUCACAGAAUUUUUUUCCAUUCCUUUUGUUAAGGACUGGCUAAAGGACCAUCCUAGACGACCAAUUCCUCUCUCUCUCCUUCUAUCAGAAGAAGAAGCAAGCAUAAUAAUUCAGUCCUUCUGGAGAGGCUAUCGGGUCCGCUGUGACAGUGAAGUACAAGAGCUACGUCAGUGGCAAAGGAAGUUGAGAGAGGAGAAAAACAUUGUUAAGGUAGUGAAAGAAUUCUGGACUAUUCAGGAAGCUAAAGGAUGUGACACAGGGGCAUGCACAUCGCAAUAUCUGCUUUUGGUUUCAUGCAGCUGAUGUUCUACCAUGAGAUUGCUUAGGAGAACUCUUCCCAGUGUUCAUUUAUCUAGGGCUGUCCAUAUCAAUUCUGUCAGUAUCUACACCCUAAACCAUCCAUUUGAAAUUGGACAUAAUUUCCUGCAGCUGGCUUCCUAGCUGGUAUCCCACAUAGCUCCAGCUGUAUUUUUGCUUUCAUGUUUCCAAGAAGAAACAUUUGGGUUUUUGUUAAUGACCUGGUUAAUUUGUUUUGUGCCUCCCUGCAGUGGACAAACCCCAUCUAGCCAUGAUUCUGAGCAGUAUGUUAUGCAGAUGCAGUACUGCUGAGACAUCACUGGAAAUGAAAAAUGCCUGUCCUACAAUGAAAGGAAUUUGAAAAUAUUUGAACUUUUUAAUGAAAAUACCUAAAUCUUCAUUCAUCACUUAUGUGAACAAAACACUCUCCUGACACUGUUACAAUGAUUAUUUCUUUGCUGGUGUGCUGUGGAAAGGCUGUUGGUUCUGUAGAUACUGUCUAGUACAUUCAGCUAUUUUGUUUCCUAAGGGCAUUCUUCUUACCUGCUUAAAGUUUGCAAAAUUUUAUUUGUAAAAAGCACUGUUCUUACUGUAAGAAAUAAAUAUUCCUGGCUUUAUGGAAAAACCA